GUAAGAACGGGGCUCGCUAAAGCUCCAAACAAGGAAGCAACAACGACACGUGAUCACGUGAAUGCCGUCAUCCAGCGUUGGAGAGCUGAGCAAGAGCAAGUCGAAGCCUACUUUUCAUCUAUUCCAAUUCCUCUGCACAAUCACGAUUCCAAAUGCCAUCACAAACCGCUCCUCAAUUCUCUCACAACGACACUACAGCUUCACCGAAAAUGGCAAUCCAGCAGCGAACUUCCGGCAUCUUCAGCCGCAUCCAAAGCCUGGUGGACAACUACAUUGUCACCCCUUCGGCGCGCGAGAAGUAUUACAGCAAUAUCAGUACAUUUGCACAUGAACAACCUCUUCUUUUCACCUUCCUCCUCUCCCAACUCAUCCUCUCAUUCACCCCCAUCGCACUCUUCCUCUCCUUCUCCCUCGGCGUCCUCUUCCUCUCGCUCAUCACCGCUCUCCUCUUCUCACUCUUCUGGAUCGGCGUCGCGCUCCUGGUCCUCGUACCUACGCUCUUCAUUACCGUCAGCCUCGCGAUCGUGGUCUGGAUCUGGGCUGUGAGCAGCUUCCUGAUCGCGAGAUGGGUGUAUAAUGUUGUGCCCGUUAGUGUGAGGGGACAGACGGAGGUUGCGCUGCCGAAUGGGAAGACGGCGGUGGUGGAGAAGACGGGGGAGGGGUAUGGGGAUGUCAAGGGUGAGGUUAGGGGUUAGGUUGGCGAAUAAUGAAUUGGGGUUGGGAUUGAAUGGGGACUGGGUUGGGCUUAGGAAGGCGUGGAAUUGAUACCAAUGGCGUUUACGGGUGGAAUGGAACAUAGGACAAAAUGGCUAUACUCAAGGCGAAAGGGCAUUGAGGGAAAUGGAGGAUACCAUGCGUAAUAAGAAGGAAUACAGGACAGGACAGCCAUGAAAUGUCUAUAGAUACGGAUGAUAAUGACCAAUCGAAUAUGAAUGUUUAAUGACAAACACUUCUAGGAACAGAUAAUAUCUCACUCGUCACAGUCAUCACUCAAAGUAAUAGUGCGUUUAGAAACACAAUAUACACGCACGUACGCACAGAGUCCUGAGUGUGUAGUGAUAAUCCAAGGGAUUGUUAUCUAUGAGUUAUUGUUGACUUGUGUU